AUCUGUCAUUAUUUCAAAGAAGCUACGGCAGCAAAUACUGAGAUUUCGGCAUUGGCAAAACUUGAUGAAAUAACAACUGGCCAUUGAAUUGCGUAUGAAGAUAGCCGGGUAUUCCAGCCGAGUCUUACAUGGGAGUCUAUGAGACCCUACAGGGCAACUUCACCGCCGCAAGAACACAUUUCCGUAAGAACAUGCUCACGGCUCAUGAGAUGCUAUCCGACGACACGGACGAGAACGACGCUGACGCUUAUUUUGUCUUGUUUCAAUGCCUCCCCCAUACAGAGGACGAUGUUAAUGCUCUCGUUGCCUUCGAGCUGACGGGGCCGAUAGAAAAAACGAUCGAAAUGAGGCUUGGUGAGAUCCGGGGUGAAGAUAAAGUCGCCGCAACAGAGCUCCUUGAGUUCGCCAAAGAGAACUUAUCACUAAGCGAUACUGCUCCUCAUAGAUACACGGCUGUCCUUAACGAGUUGCAACGACGAAUCCACCUGGAAAAUGAGGAAGAUGAGAAAACCACGACAACUGAGACCUAUCAAAGGCUUUACGCCCUUCUGGUCAAGAAACGACCGGCUACAGGAGAUGACGAUGAUCCAAGCCAGCCGUAUGAGAUCACGGACAGCGAUAUUGUGGUCAACUGGCGAUACAUCUGCAGCGGGAAUUGCGGAGGGGCUUGGGAUUUCGAGACUGACAUCAACAUCUGCAAGUACUGCUGGGACACUCCCUUUUGCCAAAAGUGUCUACCGCAGCUUCAGCAAGGCACAUCGAAGAUGUUGGCUUGAAAUGAUCGGCGCUGUCCAGCAACCGUUUUUGGAACAGAUAGAAACAGACGGGAUUUACUUCAAUUAAGACUUCUUGAGGUAUGAUAUGUUUGGGUGGACGAAACAGAAACUCAUGCCAACUUCUGAGUACGUUCUCGAAAAAAGAUUUGGACAAACUCCUAGGUACUCCAGUGCAAGGAUAUACGUAAAAGAAAAACUGAAGCCGAUCGCUCACAACAAGGGUGCGAAGGCGCGAUGCUUUAAAAAGUUUAUACGAUGGAGAAACAUUGCGGC